AAGAGGGUUGAACAUCUGCAUGACAUGCUGACACAUAUUGUGGGUGUAACUGUUCAAUAUUAGACACAGUCUCUGUUUCUUUGGAAUAGAAUGAAGAUGUGGAGCCUUCAAAAUCAGUUAUUCGCCCUGUGCAUUGCUCUGAGCUGUGUAAGGAGUGCCGCAGAGGAGAUCCAUGUGUUUGGAUAUGAAGGCAAAGAAGUUCAUGUUCCUUGUCCCUAUCCAGAGGGUUAUGAAUCUUAUGAGAAGUACUUGUGCAGGAAUGACUGUAGUUACGAUGAUGUUCUCAUUACAACGACAGAAAGAAAGAAGAACAAAUACUCUAUCAAUGAUGUCGAUGUAAAACGGGUCUUCACAGCAACCAUCUCUGAUCUGAGUUUUAUGGAUGCUGGAAAGUACUGGUGUGGGGUGACCAAGAAUGGAAAGGAUAUCUAUACUGAAGUACAGCUGGAAGUAAGACAAGACAGGUGCUGUGACCAAUCCACCAAAGUCCAAAGUUAUGAAACAUCUUCAGUGUCUAUUAGUUGUCCAUAUGAGCCAGAGUACCAGAACAACCUCAAGUACAUCUGCAGAGAGAACCAACCCUCCGCAUGUCAGCAGCAGGCAGUAAUCACCUCUGACAACAAUAGAAACGGACGGUUCAGACUCGAUGAUGAAAAGACUUUGAGGAAAUUCACAGUGACCAUUACUGGUUUGACCCGAAGGGAUUCUGGAUUGUACCUUUGUGGUAUCCAUAGAAACACCGGCCUGGAUGUUUUCUCUGCUGCUGAACUAGAAGUCAAAGAGUGGUGCUGUGUGCAGACAAAGAAAAUGAGCGGCACUGUGGGACGUCCACUAACUAUGCAGUGUCCUUAUCCCCCACAACAUCGGAAUAACAGGAAGUUCCUCUGUAAGGGAGACCACCGUAACAGCUGUGUCAACGUGGUGACUCAUCAAAGCAGGUUCUCACUGCAAGAAGAUGUUUCUUCCAGCUCUUUCUUGGUCAUAAUCACAGAGCUGAAAGCAGGAGAUGCUGCGACAUACUGGUGUGGCUCAGACUCACAGUGGAGUCCUGGAAACUACACCAAGAUUCAACUGUCAGUAGUCUUUCCACGGCAGACCAGCACUGUGAUCUCUACCAGCACUGUGAUCUCCAACAGCACUGUGGUGGAACCUGUUGGAUCACAAUCAACAAAUAUCUCUGGCAAACAUUUCAAGGAUGCAGCGCUCUUUUACCCUUUGGUUUUUGUUGUGCCCGCUGUACUGAUCAUACUGAUAUUUCUGCUGGUCAUAGUUAUAUGUUAUAAAUACAAAAGUUACAAAGGGCAAGGAGCUGGAGUCAACAUGAACAGAAACCAAACCAAGUCAGCAGACAGAGAGGAAGUGAUCAGUACAGAUAUUUAUGAAAAUCAAGAUGUUGUAGCAUGCUCAAAGAAGGGGACCUCCAAACCACAGAGCACCUGUGACCACUAUGAUGAUGCCGGUGAAGACCAGUCUGUGUACCAAAACUUUGCUAUAACAGAGGAUAUCUACUGCAAUCAAAUAGCCAAUAAGAAAUAAACAGCAAGCACAUCUGUAAUCACCAUUUGGAUCCAAAAGCUCCUGUUUGUCAAUUAACAGCUGACUGAAAACAACAGUAUUAUGCUUAUUUGCACAGAUUUAUUUUAUAUUAACCAUCAGAUAUAUUUCAUUCUUAAUUUCAUUACUUUGAUUUAUAUUUUUGCUUUUCCAUUUACAUUAAUUGGGAUUGCUUACUAAUUAAUAUAACAAACUUGCACUCCUCGUAAGAAAUUGUAAUAAUUUCAGCCAAAAGUAUCUAUAUAUGUGUGUGUGUGUGUGUGUGUGUGUGUGUGUACACACACUGUAUAUCUUUAGUAAAAGUGAAUAAUAAAACGAAACCAAGGAAAACCAGUA